AUGGAAAACGCCACUUCAGAUAUCUCGGAGACUCCCAAUCAAAGACAAGCUCGUCUUCGCCUGACUCCAGAGCCUCCUCCCCUCCAACCCUCCUCAACUCCCUCCCACGAUCCAAGCGAUGCCUCCCAACCCCAACCCGAAGCCUCAACCCCACCCUUACAGGCACCUUCAGAAGCAGAUUUCUCUGCUCUCCUCCGCUCUGCUACAGCCGCCAAUGCUCCUGACCAACAAACACAACAGUCGCAAGAAGAAGAUCCCAUGAUGAAAAUGCUCGCGCAGCUAAUGGGCGGGUUGCCCAGCGGAGGCGUCGAUGGUGGUGGCGCUGGUGGACUUAGGCCUGAUGGGGGUCUCCCGCCUGGGUUGGCUGCCAUGAUGGGCGGCGUGCCCCCUGCCCAGAGUCAUGGUCAACCGCAGCGGGGAGCAGGGGCAGGGGUAGGAAGAAAUGAUUAUGUAUGGAAGAUAGUGCAUGCAAUUUUCGCAUUCGCACUCGCUAUCUACGUGGCGCUUGCGACUACGGCGAUAGGAGAAGGGUUUGUGGCCGGUAGGAUUGCCGGGAGAAGCAGAGGUGAGGAUCAGAUUGUAGGACGAGGGCAAGGAAAUGGGUCGUUGAAUCUCUUCUGGGCUUUCGCAACAAUAGAGUUGGUACUACAAUCUGCGAGAUAUUUUCUUGAGAUGGGAAGGACGGGGAGUCCAGUCGCGGGGGGAAUAGUGGGGAUGGUGAUGGGUUUGCUGCCGCAGCCGUAUAAGGGGUGGCUGGAUUUACUGAAGAAGUAUUCGGGGAUCUGGAGCACGAUUGUUGAGGACGGAUGUGUGAUUGUCUUUGUGGUUGGCUGGGUGAGUUGGUGGAGGGGUGCUGUUGGGUGA